UGUUUACUGUUAAUUGAAUGUCCUGAUCAAAAUAAGACAAGAAAAAAAUUACAAAAAAGAAAAAAAAGAGGAAGGAAGGAGAAGCAGCACAUGAUGGCUUUGAUUAACCUUUUUUUAAGCAAUCCCCAUUUUGAUUAGAUUCACACGUUGUUUAAUUUUUUUUUUUUUUAAGUCACUAAACAGUACAUUCACACCAAACAGAGAAAGUUAUCAUUUCCUUUGAAGAAAGAGAUCUCUGUCACUGGUAGACAGACACAGAGAGAGAGAGAGAGAGAGAGGGAGAGAGAUCUGUAAGUAGGGAGGUGUUUGGUGUUUGGCAUUUACUCUUAAUACACGCGAUUCCUUUAUUUCAUUCUCUCAGAAGCAUUUUUUUUUCUUUCUUUGCUUCUCUUUCUAUUUUCAUUAUAAGGAAAAGAACUGUUCUGUCUCUUUCAUUGGCGGCGAAGAGGUUUUGGACAGAGCUAUUCUGGAGUCAGUUUGGAUCUCUGCUGGAAGUAUCAGUGAAUUUUUUCGUGUUCUAUUUCUGCAAAUGCCUGCUUAAGGUGAUUGGGAGUGGUUUAGCGCUUGAUUUGGUCAAGUAUGGCGGGAGAGUUUGAGGAACCUUAUAACGUUAGUUUUCAGACAGAUUCUUUGCACUCUGGCUCUAUAUCAUUUGGAAGAUUUGAAAGUGAAAACUUGUCAUGGGAAAGGAGGUCGUCUUUCUCUCACAAUAGAUACCUUGAAGAGGUUGAGAAAUACUCAAGACCAGGUUCAGUUACUGAGAAAAAGGCUUAUUUUGAAGCCCAUUUCAAGAAAAAGGGUAUGAGGCUACCAGAUUCCUUGGAGGGCCAAAGUGGGAGAGAAUACCAAAGUGAAAAUGAUGCCUUUGAAGAUGUGGGUUACAGAGAAGAUGAUAAUGUCAUUGAAAGUAGCAAUUAUGAUCACUCUGAUGAGGAUGUGCUUGAGAAUGCUGACUAUACAGAAUAUGAUGGAUAUGCUGGAGGUCAAUUUGAUCAUGCAAACAAUAGCAGCCAAUAUGCAAACUUUGAUGAGAGCCCUGAUGGUUCAGAGUAUCCUGGAGAAUAUGAGAGAAUGGAAUAUGAAAGAGAAGAUCCUGAUGUUUUGUCUUCUGAAUCUCAAAUAGAACCUGCUUCAGACAAUGUUUUGGUAGAAUGUGUACUUGAAAAUGUUAUACCACAGGAAGCUCAUCAAACUGAAACUAGAUCUAACAAUAAUGAUAGACGAGAAAUAGAAGUAAGCAAGAACCUGAAUGGCAUUACUGCUAAUGGGGAAGAAUCAAUAUCCAUUGACGCAUCCCAAAAGAGCGAAAAGGCUAGGAUUGAUCAAACAACUACAGUUCCUCAGCAUAAUCUUUCUCCAAAGUUAAGAGCUGCAAUAGGGAGUAAAUAUAUAAAGCGUGGAUUGAAGUCUCAAGUUAAUAGCAGCCAAUUCAAGAGAAGCAAUUAUAAUGAUGCAUCAAAAACUGUUGCAAAGAAGCAGAAUAGAAGGGACAGAGAAAGUUCGCAAAGAAUGAAAUCAGAAAAUGAGUUGCCGCAAGCUGCCAUUCCAACUAGACGUUCGCUGCUUAGAACUCCAAAAAGAGAGGAUUCUGAAGGUUAUAAUUCAAGAUCAAAUCUUGCAAAUAAGAGUGAAAAAGAACCAAAGUUAAAGAAAGUAGUUGAAUCUCAACCUUCUGGAUCAAAGAAAGUUGAACCAAGAACAACUCAGAAUGCAAACAGGCUUAAGCAGACUGCUAGCUCAGCUAAGGCAGACACAAGGAGGACUACUGCAGCUUUCAAUUUCAAAAGUCAUGAACGAGCAGAAAGGAGGAAAGAGUUCUAUAUGAAGUUAGAAGAAAAAAUGCAUGCUAAGGAGGCUGAGAUGAAUCAGAUUCAAGCGCGGACACAAGAAAAGACUGAGGCUGAAAUUAAACAAUUGCGGAAAAGCCUUAAUUUCAAAGCAACUCCUAUGCCUUCUUUCUACAACAGUGCUGCAUCACCAGGUUCCAGUGGAAACAAGGCCACAUCAUCUAAAACCAAGCUAGCUAAAGUACAUCAGAAGUCACCUAGUCCAGGGAGUAGAGGUGCUACAAGAUCACAAUUGCUUUCUAAGUCAGGACAUAACAAUGCUGACUCUAAUGUUGAGUCCUUUGGGACAACUGAUUGCCAUGUGAUAGAGCCUCGUGAAGCUGGUGAAACUUUACCAGCGAACAUCGAAGCUGUAAUGAAAAAUAGUGGCACUGGGAAGGAGUCAGAGAAGGUGAAGGAAUCUAGUCUGCAAAGACAUAGAAUGUCAGAGAACAGUAAAGUGUCAAAAGAUCAGAGAGUUGAAGGUAAGCUGAAAAUGGGAAACCGGAGAAACAGCAGUGAGAUGGUGCGGAAAAACAUUGAAGGUGUUGGAAUUGGCAGCAGUUCAGGAAUGGGCGGUGUAGCCGUCGGUGUCGCCUCCUAAACGGAGUUGUGAUGACUAUCGGCUAAAAGAUUCUAUAACAGUUGCCGAUGAUGAGCAGAAGCACAAAGCAAAUGGCAGCUGGAUCAGGCAGUGUUCUACAAAAAUCUCUAAUCAUUGCAAUUAUACCGUGUGGAGUGGAGAUAGCAUUUCCUAUGUCAUUGCUUGAUUAGGUAAUGAAAAUGGUGAAUUCUUGAAGAGUGCUCUUGCGAGGCCGUAUACCAAAACACCAACAGGAGUUUAGUCUAUAAUCUGUAAUGAAACCAGUUAUUAAUAUAAUCCCAUAAUAAAAGUAUGUUGCUUGCCUCCUAUAAAAGACUGAAGGUAAGCGAACGAUGCCUUUUUUUUUGUGUGUGUAAAAGAUCGUGUAAUUUAUUUGAAUUUCAUAAAUGAAGACAGAAAACAUUAUUUAGGUUUCUGUAA